AUGUCGCUCGAUCUCGUGGAAGACUCGGAGGCCUUCGAGGCCGCUCUGCACUUCGUGGACGAGUACGUCGAGGCUGAGCAGCAACACGACGACGACGACGACGACGCAGCUCUCACGCUCGCUCUGGACGGUCUCCCGUCUCCCAAUGAGUUGGCGCUCCGACCGCUGAACUACAACCCGAACCGGGCUCGAGACGAGCAGCGCAAGGAGCUGCUGUAUCUCCGGGAGAAGGUCGUGGAGAUGGAGCAGGAGCUCAAGGCGCUGCAGAGCACCCUGUCCACCUCAUCAGGCUUCCGAGCCCCCGACGUGUGGAAGGACAUGGCCAGUCACCAAUUGGAGCAGAGACUCAAGUCUGAGAGGGAGAAUCGUCGGCUGAAGGCGGUGCUGGAAGGCCAGAUCAAGAUCGGCAAGAGUCUGGCAAAGCUGCUCGAGGCCACGUCCACCACAGAGGCACAAAGAUUCUCCUGUCUGUAUAUUUUUCAACGUACGCGACGUAUGCACGCCUCCGCUCCAGACCGCACUGGACCAGGAACCUUCGCCGAGCUCAUGGCUGGAGUGGACGACUCGUACCGCGAGGUGGACGACGUGUUCCGAGCCAAUAGACUCGGAGAGAUGGAGUCGUCCUUCAGCGACGCCAAGAUGCGCGUGGGACCAGACGGCGUCUACAUGGAGAUCUUCGCCAACAAGGUGCUGCCGUUCGACGUGGCGUCGACUGGCACCGCUGCCUGGAAAUACUUUGCCAAGUCCAUGGAGCACAUGCCCUUCCGCUUCUUCUACCAGAAAGACCCGCAGAACUUGGAAACCACGGACGACACGAUCGUCGAGAGCUUCGGUAUGGAGUUACACGCGAACGGGACGCAAGCCGAUUUCCGCGUCAAGCAGAUUCUACGUCGAUACGUGGAGGAAGACCGCGUGGUGAUCGUGUGGCGGUCGUUCAUUGACCCCGUCGAGUUCUCGGGCGCCCCACUGCGCGGAGCCGAAUUCCGAGAGAAAGGCUACAUUGUCGUCCGCCGUCCGCGAGGCAUGGCCGAGAACUUCGCGUUGCUGCAGACGUGCUACCUCAUCCACCCGGAGACGCCCGUGCACUCGCUGUCCGACGACGGCGCCAUCACUGGCGCUCUGACCGAUUUCGUCCUGAGCGGAACGGCCGCCAACAUUGCUGCGGGACACCAAAUGAUCGAGAACAUCCUGUUCAACGAGAGUAUGAAGACGCACAGCCGCGUCUGA